ACACUGUUUUAGGGGAGUGUGUCAAGACAAGACAUCAGUAUUCAAGAUACGCCUCUUUAAUCACUCUUGUAAUUCUUUUCACUUCAGAUAGUCACAUGUUUUCAGCAUUUUGGAGUUAUUGACUGAGCUCUGUUGGUGAUUUAACUGCAUCGUGCAAAUAGAAAGCAUGUGUUUCUAAUACGAAGUUGUGCAAUGUUUCCCGAAUUUGGGGCAUCAUUAUACUUUCCUCGUGCAAGAAAUCAUGGAUGGUGAACAAAACCUUGAAAGCAAAGAUGAGAAACAACGGGCCUGGACAAUUGAUGAAAUUCGAAAAAACAGUGCCAAUUGGACUCUUGCUGGGGAUGUUGGGCUGUUCAACUUGCUCAAUGAAUUUUCUCACAACAUUAUAUCAAGAACACAUGAAGUCGAAAAUGCUGUUGAUUCAUUGGUCCAUCAAACUAAGAUGGCAUCUGUUAAAAUCAAUAACGUAAUAAAUGAUUUUCAUAUGCUGUCAAACUUGCAGUUUGUUGAAAAUAGAGUAUAUGAUGAGGAAGUACAAGAAACAGUUCCCGAAGAAAAACCUGUAGUUGAAAAAACUAAGGAACAAAAGGAAGCUGAAAUGUUGCCAAAAAUUGUAAGAGCAGUUGAACUAGGUUUAGCUGUAUUAGAUCAAGCUUUUGAUAAAAUUAAUGUUAAUGAAAUUUCUGACAGUGAUGAUGAAGACUUAUCUUCUGAAGGACGAACUAUUCUUGAGCCUAAGGAUCCUUAUGAGCACAGACCUCUGCCUUUCAUUAUUGGUUCAACAGAAUUUCAAAACUGUGAUCAUGCUGGUCUAAAAGAGUUAAUUGAAGAAGAAAUUGAAUCUUCUGUUGGAGAGGAAAGUAGCAUAUCUUCUGAAACAGAUGAAACAUCUUCUGAUGAGGAAGAACCACUGCCAGCAGAAGAUGAAAAGUUUUCUAACAUGCGAAAUCAUAAGUUCCCUGCUCAAAGUAUUAGUGAUAGACUCUCUUCUAGUGAAGAAUCUGAGCUUUUUGGCUCAGAAAAGGAGGACAAUGAUUUUGCUUAUGAUUCUUCUUUUGAGAGUAAAAAGAAAGAAGGGAGAAACAUACAACGAUCCGAUAUUGAAGUUAAAGUUGAGGUUAAAGUUGAAGAGAAGGAAACUAGACAAAAUUCCAUUUCUUCCUUGCAGUCUAAACUUAAUUUACCACAAGUGCUACCGGUGAAACAGAAGGAAAAAGAUCUUUUUGCUCAAGAUGAUGAGAUUUCUGAUGAAGAGUCACCAUUUCGGAAAAAAAGCAGUUUAUUUGCUUCUGAUGUCAACUUUGGGGGAGAAAAAGAUGAUAUGUUUGAUGGGGAUUUAUUUGGUGAAAGUAUUAAGAAAACUGAAAAAGUUCAAAAAACUGAAAGUCCAAAAGUAUCUCACAUUCCUAACAGCGCUCCUCCAGUUCCCCAGGCUAAGCAAUUGGAUUUGUUCGCAAAUGAUGAAGACAGUGAAGAUGAUAUCUUUAAUACACUAAUGAAGACCAAGAAGCCCACUUCAAAAGGAAGCAAUGCUGGGAGUCAAGACUUAUCUGAAAAAGCAGAGAGUUCAUCCACUCCUUCAUCUGCACCAUCAACCAAGCCAUCUGGGAAUGCUUUUGACUUUGCAACAGGAGAUAGCAAUGCUGAUUCAUUGUUUGGAGAUGAAUCUGAUGCUGAUGAUUUGUUUACGAAGAAAAAGCAAGCGAAAAAAUUUGAUUUUGAUGCUUUUGAAGAUGAUGAUGAUUUGUUUGGAAUAACUAGCAAUAAAACUGCAAAAAAACCUGAGGUCAAGAAGCCAAGCAAACCUACAGAAAAGAAGUUAUCAUUAUUUAGUGACAGUGAUUCUUUUGAUGAAACAAAUACUCAAAGUAAGCCUUUUGCUAAUAAACCUAUAUCACUGUUUGAAGAUAGUGAUUCCUUUGAACCAUCUAGUCAGAGUAAACAGCCUUCAACUAAAACUGUAUCAUUAUUUGAAGACAAUAAUGUUAAGCAAUCUACAGAUGACGUCAAAAAACCAAUGCCUUCAAAACAAGCAAAGAAAGUUAAAAGCUCAUUUUUUGAAGAUAGUGGGAGUGAUCAGGAAACUAUAUCAGCUCCUAAGUCAGUGCUAACAAAUGUAACCUCAAAAGUGCCACAGAAAAGCUUAUUUGAUGAUGAUGAUGAGGAGGAUGUCAAUAUAUUUAGCCAAAUUAGCAAAAAACCUACUUCAAAGGAUACUGUGCCUGUAGAAAAGAAGCAGGAAGAUUCAAAGAAACUUACAUCGGUCACAAAAAAACCCAUUGAUUCCAUUUUUGAUGAAUCAUUAAAGACAAAUGUCAAGCCCACAAGUUCAAAUGAAGUGCCUAAAUCCGGUGAUGUAGGACUGUUUGGUAAUGUACCAGUUGAGAAAGAAGAGUUUUCACGUGCAAGCAACAAGAAAAAUGAUACUAAAAAAUCAUUAUUUGAGGAUAGUGACAAUUUCGACCUUUUUGCUCCUAAAAGCCCUAAAAAGAAGACAGAGCCAGUUGAUAAAACUUUGCAGUUGCCGCAACCUGAUAAAGUCUCUCUUCCAGAAAAAACCGAUGAAUUUGAGUCAUCCGACUUAAAAUCUAAACCAAGUACAUCCAUAUCAGCACCAUCAAAUAUAGAUGAUUCCGGUGUUGAUUUUGAUACACCUAUUGACAGCAGCAAAACAUUAAAUGUCAUUGGAAAAGAUAGAGUGAAAGUGGCUGUGAAGAGGAGAUUGCCAUCUAGAAAAGGACGUUUAGCAGCUUUAGAAACUGCAGAACAGGAAAGGAAGAUUGAGGAACCAAAACCUCAAAGUACAGAAAAAAAUCCUAUCCCACCAAAAGAUGAACUGUUUUCGGAACCACCCAAGGCAGCACCGCCAUCUACAGGUACUAGUUACAAAGUCGAAGAAAAGAAAAAGAUGGAUAUCAUGUCUCAGUUGAUCAGUGAAGUUAGUGCUUCAAAAGUUGGUAAAAAGAGUCUUUUCCAAAACGAUGCAGAUGAUGAAGAAGAAGUGGAUAUUUUUGCAGAGGCUGCCGAUCGGAGCCAAACUAAAAAGCAAAGUUUCUCGUUUUUGCCUCCCAAAGAAAAUAGCAUUGAUUCUGGUUUCCUUAACGAAACUAAAGGAAGCUCAGAAGCUAAAUCAAACACAACAGAAAUAGAUGAUGCUGAAAAUGAUGACUUUUUUGUUGAGCCUUCAUUUAAAACCUUCAGAUCCAGUGUGUCACGUGCAGAUUCAGUGCUAAACAUGAGUGAUGAUGAUGAUGAUUUAUUCAGUGCUAUCAAGAGCAGUGCCAUACCUCAAGCAAAAACAGACGGGAAUGAUGUGAAUGAUUUGCUAGAUGAUUCUGACAUUUUUGCUGACAUACAAAAAGAGAAAUAUGAGUUAUUUCCAACUCAAUUGUAUGAUAAUGAAGAUGAUGAUGAUAUUUUUGGAAGCAUAGAACCGACAACAAAUGAUAAAUUUGAUAAUGCAACAAACAAAAACAAAACUGUAAAGAAAAUUGAAACCCAAAAGGUUGAUGCUUUUGAAGACCCUCUAACAGGAUUACUUAGUGAAGAUUGAUGUCAAAAAAAAAAAAAAAAUAAA